CUCGUUGACCCUUUAUAUAGCUAGAACUGACGGCAUACUGCGCACUUCUGCGGAAUCAGUCAACUACAGCAUUCUUCAGAAUUUUUAAGGUUUGAUCUGCAUAUUCAGUUACCAUGAAGUUUUUGAUCCUAGCUGCUUUGGUUGCCGUUGCAACGGCUAAACCAGCAGAGAACUCCAUUGAGCGUCUUGCCCGCUCUCUAGCUGAAGAUGAGGUUAUGAAGAGAGCCUUCACAGACACCCUCAAGAAUGUUGCUGGAGCCAUCUGCGUCCCCGUCAUAGACUCUGUGAUCGGUCUGACCAAUGGUACAUGUGCCGUACUGUCCGCUACUGCCGACAGCACCUGCAUACAGUUUGCUGAAAAGUACCUUGGCGGCUUCCUCUCUGGUCUGUUCUCUACCCCUGUUGCAUCCAUGUGCCAAAACUUGGCCAAUCUCGUCAUCAAAGAGUGCGAGAAAGGAACCGUGCAAAACUACGCCAGCGGUGUAUGCGCCAAACUUGCCAACUCAAUCGGCUAAAUGAACUUUUUGUAAAUUUCCUGAGCCAAAAAUAAAUGGAAGACAAAAAGAAAUAUAUUGGUGAAUUGUGCAAUUUA